AAUUCUGCGCGUCACUUCCGCUUCCGGGGAGAGAGCGGGCGCGGGCAUUUUGAAAGCUUUCUUCGGGUGAUUACGGCGGGGAACGGUGCGGCAGUGCUCAGGCGAUAAAUCCUGGAGAUCGCUGAAGACCAGAUCUUCUUUAUUAUACGAGGAGAGUGUGGCGGAGGCCGCAGUAGUGGAGGAGCCACGGAUCGGCCAUAGGGGCGGGAGACAGAGAAGACAUGUCUGAUCAGAAGAAGAAGAGAGGCAGCAGCCGGGGCACAGUCACCGGGAAGAGAGACAGUCUGUCUUCUCCACCCACCAGAAGAUCUGGAAGAAAUUCUGCUUCACUCAACAAAUCCACAGAUGGCCCGGUACCUGCACCAGUUAUGAAGCCAUCGAUCACGGCUAAGAAAAUCAUGCCCAGGAAGACGCUGGCUGCACUUGCAUUUGCUGAAUCUCAACCCAAAACUUCUUCUCCUGCACAAAAACCAGCUACUGCUGUAGCCACUCCUCGGCCCACUCAGUCCACCCCUAAGGCUGCACUUGCGUCUGCUAAAUCUCAACCAAAAGCUACUUCCACUGCGCAACCGCCAGCUACUGCUGUAAUCACUCCUCGGUUCACCCCUAAGGUUCCCAGUUCCCCUACUCUACGAAGAAGUUCAAGGAAUUCACCAAGUUCAGAAAAAGAAAAUGCAGUCCUUGAUAAGUCUCAAGAUGUGCGUACUGGAGCUAAAGAUCAGUCUGUUUCUAAAAUAGAUGUCCUGUCUCCAAUCCCCCUGAAUGUCCCUCAGUCUCCUUCCUACGAUGACAGAGAGAAGGUGAUGUCUCAGAAAGUGCGACGUUCCUACAGUCGCUUGGAAAUGUCAUUGAAUGGUGGCUCGUUUCUCUACAGUCCCACCAGAGACACUGACUCGGAUACUUCCACUCCAAACCCAGUCCUAAAAGCAGCGCGUAUGUCACUUUUUGGGUUUCAUAAACUUGGUUCUGAAAGCCAAGAGGAAGAAGCAGAGCAAAACCUGGGAGAGAAAAAUAAACAGAUAAAUAUUAAAAGUGCAAGUGGAACAUCAAUGGGACUUACUGCAGAAGAACCAGAUCCUAAUAUUCCUGGAGUACCAUUAGCCAAGCAAAAGAGGAGGAAACGGAAGGUUCCACACAUUGAGGUAUAUGAGCUUGACGAAUGGGCUGCUUCCAUGAAUGCCCAGUUUGAAGAGGCUGAAAAGUUUGAUCUAGUAGUGGAGUGACAAACUGGGACUGUAUUGCUAUGGACUUUCUUUUGUACAUAUUUCCUAUAGACCAUUUUAGAUACAUUUUUAUUUCUUAUUUACAUCUUUCUUUGUAUGUUUUUACAAAGGUGGUUUUAUGCUAAAUAUAUCUUGUAAUAAGAUCUGUUUCUUUUUAAUUUAUUUGUAGUUUCUAAACUGUAAAUGUCUCCUGCAAUUCUGAAUAUCUAAUAGAUGUCCCCAUUGUAGUAAUUGAGAUUAUUAAAUCUAAAGUGAAUAUGGCCCACA